AUGCUGCAUCAAACUCGACAGUGGUUCGAACGUCCGCAUACCGGUUCUCUUCGCCCCAGCCACGUGCUCCUCCACGCUCGUUUCUCUACCCUGUAUUCUUUCCUCACGGUUUGGCUCCUUCUGCUGCUGUUACCCUGCAUCUUGGCGUGGAGACUACAUCCUCCAGGCAAAGAACUCGUUCUCUCCUGCCCGUCUGCACCUGAAAACAGCGAAGGAAAUUUGUCCUGGUUCAAGGACGGUCCACCGACGCGUCACGUGUAUAGUAACUCCGGAUCCAAAAGCCUUGUUAUCGAGAAUCCCGGCUACACGGAGAGCGGGAACUACACCUGUUGCCACACCUCCAACCGGAGCGGACACGCCAAUUGCUCCUCAUCUUUCAUCGUUUUUGCAGACAAGAAGGAGCUUCCCCCCAACCUGCUUCGCGACACCCUUCCGCAGCCUGGAGGGACCCCAAUCUUCAAGGGCAUAACCUACUGGAUGCCGUCAAUGCUGUUGUCCUUUCGACCAAGGCUAUUCCUCGGACAGACCAACUUCUCAUGCCUGUACUACAUCCGCACGAAGAUCAGGGUCCCGAGGGUUGAAUGGUUCUACGUAGACAGCAACAGCGACGUGGCGGCUAUUCCGCCGGUCGAUGCCCUUCAUCAGGUCUGCAUUUCGUGGUCUUCAUACAUUCAAAACUGCAAGUUUUAUUACUCAGCUUUUUAA